AGAAUUUUGUGCCCGGUUCUUGGCAAUUCAUCCUCAUGCCACUUGUAAAUAACAAAGUGGGAGAUGACAACACGCUUGGCACAAACAAGGCUUUGGCUGAUGGUAAAGCCUUGGUGGAGUCUUUGAUUAAGGUGGUGGCAUGCUAUCGGCAUCUAGCUUCAUGCGUCGGCGGCUGCACUGACAGCUUACAGCUGCGAGAUGAGUUGAAGCAAACCAGAGAGAGGGCCCGGACGUUGGCCACCACCAUCUGUCAACAUCUCACCUUGCAUCUUCGUGACAAGAGCCUCCCUGUGGAGCAGCGCAAGGAGAUGGAGCUACUUUGGGUGUCCUUCUCAUCCAGCCUGGAGCUCCUUCAUAUUGACAUGUGCAAAGUUUUCAACAUGGGAGACAUCUUCACUCUUGCCGAGUGUCCUAGUUUAGUCCAAACUGGCCUGCAAGGGGGGAGCAGUGAAGUGGCUGCUCGAGCCCUCAGUCUACCAGACCUGAGCCGCGCUCUGAACGCCAAUGGCCUUGAGAACCAAGACCGCGAGACCAUGGAGCAGGAGAUCCACCAAAUUGACCACAUGAUUGAUGACAUGGAAGCGAAGGUGAACGUAUUGCGUUGGAUGGUGGAGCCCCACGGGUCGCUGCCUGCCGAGCCACAAGGCAGUGUUGACAGCGCCUCCCUGGCUCUGCUCUCUGUGGACGACGAGCAGCUUGCCGGCCGGCGUGAUCGCAAUGUGGCACUUUUAGCGCUGUGUGCGGUCAUUUUGGUGGCAACCACUUUGUCUAUCUGUAUCUUCUUCUUUACAUGA